AUGGCGCAACUCGCGGCCAGCUUGGGUCGCCAUCCCUGCAACAACUGCAAAGACGACAGUGAUAAUUGGGUGGGCUGCGCGAUUUCGCCAGCGUCCAAGGCAUGCAUAAACUGCGUGAAGCGUAACAUGGGGAACCACUGUGUACUUGGGGAGGAGAUUCAGGUGGCAGGUUGGCAGGAUGCUAUGCACAAUGAUGUCAAUCGAGUUGUCGACUCGCAGGGCCGUCAAGAUGCCGGUAUGGCCACCAACGUUCAGUCCACUGCCGCAUCUGGCGUUCCCAUUAGCGGCGACACUGCCAAGAAUGAUGCUGGGGGACAGAAGGUACGGGACCAAGGGCGUCACCAGACCGAUGAGAAAGAUGAGUUCCAUGCCGAGUUCAACACUCCCAUUGUUGAUGUCAUCGACAGGCGGCUUGCGGACCCGAAGCUCAUGACUGUUGAGCAGAUGGAGAAGGAGUUUGAAGGAUUUUGA